AUGGCGUCUACGGGUGGAAGCGCGCUCAGCACCUGUCUAUGUCUGCAUGCUGAGGAAAACGCGUUGCUUGAGGCGGGUCGUGAGAGGAUCCGCGAGGGCAGUGUCUUUGUCAAGAUUGCGCAGGUUGGUGUCAAGGAGGUGGUCUUUAGUCAGAGUUACAACAUGGACGAUGCGAGUCGAAGGGUCUUGAAAGAGGCAGGCGUCGAGUUAAGGCAGUUCAGUCCUCCGAGCAGUGGCCUAGUGGGUUUCUCGGGCGUCUUGGACGGUGACAACUUAGGAAAUGAAUUGGUCGUCGUCAAUGGCAAGUAG